UCGUCGUGGAGUUCGUAUCAAUGCCGGUAACGGGUGGGUUUACAUCGGCUGCAGCUAUUAUUAUGGCUUCCUCACAGUUGAAAGGAUUGUUCGGAAUUUCUUAUGAGGCCAAAAACUGCAUGGAAAUGUGGAUAAAGUUUGUUGAACACAUUGAACAUUAUCGAUUACCAGACACCGCUAUGGGACUGAUAUGUAUCGUUGUGCUGAUAGGACUGAAGAGCUUGAAAUCCAUAAGAGUCAACGCUAAAGGAAUGAAAGCAAAAUCGUAUUCGGUGAUAUUGUUUUUAUUGACAACCGGAAGUAAUGUUCUCGUGGUCAUCGUAUCGUCGAUAAUCGCAUAUUUUUCAAUCAGACAAGGCCAAUCACCAAUAGUAUUGACAGGUACGAUAGCUAGUGGCAUACCACAAUUUCGGUUUCCGUUCAUGGACUACGAAGACGAAGACGAGAAGUUUACCUUUUUGGAAKGUUUGUCCAGGUUAUGGCCUGGUGCGAUAGUUGUACCGUUGGUAUCGAUUUUGAGCACAGUGUCGGUCGCCAAGGCAUUCAGUGGUGGAAAAGUAGUUGAUGCAUCACAAGAGAUGAUAGCGUUGGGAUUCUGUAAUAUUUUCAGCUCGUUUAUGGGAUCUAUGCCCGUUGCGGGAAGUAUGACAAGGUCUGCACUUAAUCAUACCACCGGUGUCCGCACAACAUUCAGCUCAAUAUUUACAACUAUACUGGGCAUGUUAUCAUUAUUGUUUUUGACACCACUUCUCUAUUACAUACCCAAAUCUAGUUUGUCUGCUGUACUYAUAUGUGCGGUGACUUCAAUGUUUCGAUACGAUAUGGUGAUUUCAUUAUGGAAGACCAAUAGACGUGAUCUAAUACCGUUCUCCACCGCGUUCGUCUCGUGUUUGAUAUUCGACGUCGAGCUGGGACUUUUGUUCGGAAUCUGUGUCGACUUGCUGUGCGUGCUCUAUCGCAGUGCAAGACCGUCGAUUUCCAUCGAAAAAGAAACUAACUCGGGUAACGUGAUUUGGGUGGUCAGACCCAGUAGUGGGCUGCUGUUCCCAGCGGUGGACUUUAUGCGACAGCGGAUCAUUGCUGAGAUGUCUUCUUCGGAACGUCCGAACAAACCGAAUCUUAUAAUUGUGGACUGCGUACAUUUCGACAAGACCGACUUCACGGCUGCUCAAGGAAUCAAAUCUCUGAUAAGUGAACUGAAAUCCGAAUCGUGUCAACUCGAACUGAUGAACGCCAAAGAAUGUGUAGCGGCGAUACUGGAAGCCACGCUCAAUGUUAAAAUCUUGCCGAUGAUCUCGCUUCAAGAUUCAAAUAAGAAAUUUAAUUUUAGUAUGAUAUAGCUUUACAGUACAAUAUUUCGGUGCCAUGUAAAAUCAACCUUUUCACGUAAACCGAGUUUUUAAGCUUGAUAAAAUAUGAAAAAAUAAAUUUUCAAGAAUCCACUCACUUUUAGUGAAUUAACGCUACCUACUAGUUUAUUUUUCUACUUUUUUUCAACAAUUCACAUUGGUGGCGGGAAGGAGGGUAGGUAACUCAGUAAUCAAAAAUGUAAUAUAAUAAUUCCUUUUAUAUUCUUCUUAAAAUAUCUGCUAUAAAAUACAAAUUAACAAAAAAACYCAUUUAAGCGUAUAAUAGACCUAUGAUAAAAUUGAUCAUAAGUAAAUUAUAUUUCCAAUCAUCUUUGUAUAUUUUCACUGAACUCCGUAAAGUUUAAUAUCGCGUGUGUUAUUACUUGCAGUAUUACAUUACACUUGAAGACGAUGUAUUUUUGAUAAGUGAAAUGAAUAUUUGAUAAUAUUAUUUUAAUACAAAUAUGUAWUAUUCAAAAUUGCAUCCGAGAACAUUUUAAGUGACGCGUUGCAGGUAGAC